AUGCCCAAGAGACCCUAUCGCGCGAAAGUCAAAGGUCAGUCAAGCAGACGAUGUUACGAGUGCUCUCAGCGUCGCCUCAACUGCGACAGGGGCGUUCCCGAAUGCCGAAAGUGCAUCACCAAGGGCCUCAAGUGCAGUGGCCUCGGUGUUCGACAUCGCUUCUCCAGCGGUGUCGCUUCUAGAGGUCAUUGCAUCGGCAAGACCAUGGAAGAAGCCUAUCCUCAGCUAAUUGGCAUGACCGCAGUCUCGGAAAACAUCGCCGGCGAAAUGAUUGCUUGUGACGGCCCUCACAAUGGCUGGCGCCGUUUCGUGCUUCCCAUGGCCGACCGUGACGAACUCGUCAUGGACGCUGUCCUCGCAGUCUCACUCUUCCACGGGCCCCAAGCACCGCACGACCAACCUGCGACAGAUCGACCUGAACAGGAUCACUAUGCUCGUGCCAUUCAGGGCUUGCAAAAGCGCAGUCAGCUUGGCGAUUGCGACAGGGCUGAUCAACACUCGAUUCUCUUGACAAUACUGUUGCUUCUAACCGCCGUCAUGGUUAACGGCUCUUCAGACUUUCCUAUUCUCUUUAAUAUGCUGCAGUCUGCGAUUGAUGCCAUUGGCGGGGAUAUGGGGCUUGGAUCUGGAGGGAUUGCCGAAUUCUUGGUCCGCCAAAUUCGCAAGCUCAAAGUAUAUGCGGCACCACUGCUGAGCGAAGACGCCGGCAUCAACAUCAUUUCUUCCGAGGCCGAAGUUGACAAGAUGUUUGAGUGUCUGAAUCACUGCGUGCAAAACAACCCACAGCACUCCAAGUCUCUAGAACUGGUGCCGGGCCUCGUGCGCCAGGCCUGCGAGAUAUACCUGAACCAAGUUGCGUUCGACAGCCAUACUCCAGUGACGCCGCAAGUAAGGGCGAGGCGCGUGGUUGAGUCCAUUCGCCGCGUACAACGCUUCAUCGACACGUUUGAGGCCUUCCCAGAGAACGCGCCAGGCAAGCAGGUUUUAAUAUGGGCAUGCUUUGUUGCGGCUUCUGAUUGUCGCCUUGCUGAGCACAAGGAGUUCUUUUCUAAUUUCUUUUUGGAUAACUAUGCAAGAAGUAAAUUCAAGAAUCUCACGAUGGGAUUGGGUACCCUGCGCAAGAUAUGGGCACGGAAGCCUGAUGAGCGAUGGACUGUCCUGCUGCCGCAGCCCAAGAUCUUUGUGAUGUGA